CGGCCGCAGAGGGUGCCGUAGGCCAGGGCGAGGUCGGGCCGCCCCACGCGGAAGAACCGCCCCCAGCGGCUGCACCACCGACGCGUAGCAGAGGAACCUAGGCCCCGCCCGGGACGGCAGCCGCACCAUGGACGCUCCCAGCUCCUCCAGAUCUUACUUCUCGGUCGGCUCGUCCAGUUCCGGCGCUGUCGCGCUCCUUUAUGCGAAAGAGCUUAAAAAGUGGGAUGAUUUUGAAGAUAUCUUAGAGGAGAGGAGACAUGUCAGUGACUUGAAGUUUGCGAUGAAGUGCUAUACGCCUCUUGUCUAUAAGGGAAUUACUCCUUGCAAGCCAAGCGAUAUUAAAUACAGUGUUCUCAGUUCUGAAGAGAUUCAUUAUGUCAUUAAGCAGCUCUCCACGGAGUCUCUCCAGUCUGUCGAUGUCCUCCGCGAGGAAGCAUGUGAGAUCCUGGAUGAGAUGAGCCAUAAGCUGCGUUUGGGAGUCGUUCGGUUUUUUGCCUUCGCCUUGAGUAAAAUAUUUAAACAGAUUUUCUCGAAGGUGUGUGUGAAUGAAGAAGGCAUUCAGAAACUUCAACGCGCUAUCCAGGAGCACCCCGUUGUCCUGCUGCCUAGUCACCGGAGUUACAUUGACUUUCUGAUGCUCUCUUUUCUUUUGUACAACUACGACUUGCCUGUGCCAGUCAUAGCAGCAGGAAUGGCAUGGAAGCCAUACCCACAGAACAGGACCUCUCCAUCCUUCCUUCCCAGCCCAGACUUCCUGGGAAUGCGAGUGGUUGGGGAGCUGCUGAGGAUGUCAGGUGCCUUUUUCAUGCGGCGUACCUUUGGUGGCAACAAACUCUACUGGGCGGUGUUCUCUGAAUAUGUAAAGACCAUGUUACGGAAUGGUUAUGCUCCUGUUGAAUUUUUCCUCGAAGGGACCAGGAGCCGCUCUGCCAAGACACUGACUCCUAAAUUUGGUCUCCUGAACAUUGUGAUGGAGCCAUUUUUUAAAAGAGAAGUUUUUGACACCUACCUUGUCCCAAUUAGCAUCAGUUACGAUAAGAUAUUGGAAGAAACUCUUUAUGCAUAUGAACUUCUAGGAGUCCCAAAGCCAAAAGAAUCUACAACUGGGUUGUUGAAAGCCAGAAAGAUUCUCUCUGAAAAUUUUGGAAGCAUCCACGUGUACUUUGGAGACCCUGUGUCGCUUCGAUCUCUGGCAGCUGGGAGGAUGAGUCGGAGCCCGUAUAACUUGGUUCCAAGAUAUAUCCCGCAGAAACAGUCUGAGGACAUGCAUGCUUUUGUCACUGAAGUUGCCUUCAAAAUGCAGCUUUUGCAAAUUGAAAACCUUGUUCUGAGCCCUUGGAGCUUGGCAGUUGCUGUUCUGCUUCAGAACCGGCCAUGUAUGGACUUCGAUGCCCUGGUGGAGAAGACUCUGUGGCUGAAGGGCUUGGCCCAGAUGUUCGGAGGGCUCCUCCUGUGGCCUGAUAAUGAGCCUGCUGAGGAAGUUGUCCAGUCCAGCAUUCUUCUGCAUUCCAACCUUGCCAGCCUCGUUAAAGACCAGGUGAUUCUGAACGUGGACUCCGGAGACUCGGAAGUGGUCGAUGGACUCAUUUUCCAGCAUAUCACUCUGCUUAUGUGCUCAGCUUAUAGGAACCAGUUGCUCAACAUUUUUGUCCGUCCUUCCUUAGUAGCUGUAGCCUUGCAGAUGACACCUGGGUUCAGGAAAGAGGAUGUCUACAGCUGCUUCCGCUUCCUCCGUGACAUGUUUUCAGAUGAGUUCAUCUUCCUUCCGGGAAGCACACUGAGGGACUUCGAAGAAGGUUGUUACCUGCUUUGUAAAAGUGAGACCAUUCAGUUGACUUUAAGGGACAUCCUUGUCACAGAGAAAGGAAAGACUGUGUUAGAAUUUCUAGUAGGACUCUUUAAACCUUUUGUGGAAUGUUAUCAGAUCAUUUGCAAGUACCUCUUACAUGAAGAAGAAGAGCGCUUUACUGAGAAGCAGUACUUGGCUGCAGUGAGGAAGUUCACAUGUCAGCUUCUUGAUCAAGGUGCCUCUCAGUGUUAUGAUGUGCUAUCUUCCGACGUGCAGAAAAAUGCCUUAGCAGCCUUUGUGAGACUUGGCGUGGUAGAGAAAAAGAAGAUAAACAAUGAAAACAUAUUUAGUGUGAAUGAACCUGCCACAACCAAAUUAGAAGGAAUGCUCAGUUGUAAGACACCGAUAGGAAAACCAACAGCUGCAAGACUUUAAUGGUCAUCACACAGUUAUUGUUGUAAAGGACUACUACCAACAUGGGUGUAAAGGAAGACACACCUCAUGCUCCACAAGACUUUACGAGUAGAGACUCCGUGGAAAGGAAGAAAUGAUCAGUGUAAGCAGUCAGUGUAAUCUUCCCCGCCACACGGUUAAAAGGCAUUUGUAAAUCUAGCUCUGCUUGUGUUUAAAAUAAACGUCUUUUGAAAACA